AUGCCUUACAACAGUUCCCUCUCUGUUGAAGUCUCUGAGUUCCUCCUGAAUUGUUUUGUCAGGUCACCCAUCUGGCAAUGUGUACUGUCCCUGCCCCUCAGCCUCCUCUUUCUCUUAGCCAUGGGGGCCAACGCCACCCUCCUCAUCACCAUCUGGCUGGAGACAUCCCUGCACCAACCCAUGUACUACCUACUCAGCCUUCUAUCCCUACUGGACAUUGUUCUCUGCCUCACAGUCAUCCCAAAGGUCUUGGUCAUCUUCUGGUUUGACCUCCAACCCAUCAGCUUCUCUGCCUGCUUCCUCCAGAUGUUCAUCAUGAACAGUUUCCUGCCCAUGGAAUCCUGCACGUUCCUGGUCAUGGCCUAUGACCGCUAUGUAGCCAUCUGCAAGCCUCUUCGCUAUCCAUCCAUCAUCACUAACCAAUUUGUGGCAAAGGCUGUUGUUUUCAUCCUGACCCGGAAUGCAUUUCUCACUGCACCUAUCCCCAUUCUCUCUGCCCAGCUCCAGUACUGUGGGAAAAAUAUCAUUGAGAACUGUAUCUGUGCCAACCUCUCUGUGUCCAAGCUCUCUUGUAAUAAUGUUGUCCUUAACAAAAUCUACCAGUUGAUUGUAGCCUGGACUCUUCUGGGCUCUGACCUCAUCCUCAUCUUUCUUUCCUAUACGUUUAUUCUCCGAGCUGUUCUUAGACUGAAGGCAAAGGGGGCAGCAGCCAAAGCUCUGAGCACUUGUGGCUCUCAUUUCAUUCUCAUUCUCUUCUUUAGCACUAUCCUGUUGGUUUUUAUAUUUACUCAUAUGGCUAAGAAAAAAGUUUCUCCUGAUAUCCCUGUCUUACUUAAUGUCCUGCAUCAUGUAAUUCCAGCAGCUCUCAAUCCCAUUGUGUAUGGGGUACGAACCCAGGAGAUUAAACAAGGGAUCUGGAAAUUACUAAGGAAGGGUGGAUGA